AUGAUUCUACUCACCAUUGGAAAGUGCCAUGACACCAUCAUCAGUGUGUACGCUCCUAUCAUGAUGAGCCCUGGUGAAGUCACAGAAAAAUUUUAUGAAGACCUAGAGACCCUCAUCAUUAAUGGGCCAAAAGUGGACGAGUUUGAUCUGCUUCUGUUGUGUCGGAGCGUGAGGCUCUGCCUAGAGUAUGAGCUUCCUGACAGCCGGGGUCGUGCCUCUUGCUUCCCAUUCACACGGCAAUUGGCAAAAGGCUUUGCGUAUGGCAGUCACUCGGGCGAAGCCUCUCCCUGCUGCCGGCUCUCUGUGAAGAUCCUGGAAGCGAGGAACUUGUUCUGGACUGACCUAUUAAGCGAGGCUGACCCGUAUGUGGUCCUACGGCUACCAACAGCAUCAGGUACCACAUAUAAGACCAAAAUUGUCUCCAAUUCGAAUCACCCCAUUUGGAAUGAGACCUUCAGCUUCCAGAUCCAGAGGCAAGUCAAGAAUAUCCUAGAGCUGGAAGUCUAUGAUGCAGAUUUAGCCACAGAAGAUGAUGCCCUCUUCACCAUCUUUUUUGAUACCAUUGAAGUCAGCCCUGGCAAAACCAUCCGAAAGACUUUCUCCCUGAAUCCUCAGGGACAGGAGGAGCUGGAUGUGGAGUUCCAGGUAGAAGAAAUAUCGGAUUCCCCAGAACACCUCAUCACCAACAAUGUCCUCGUGACUCGGGAGCUUUCCUGCCUGACUGUGCAGGUGGACAAGACGGGAAGCACGGCAGCAGUCACAGAAGAGGAUGAGAUAGAGCUGACACUGAAAGGAUCCUAUGAAGACACUCAGAUCUCCACUCUGGGCUCUGGCAUGGCUGACUCCUUCCUCUUCCACUAUAUAACAGCUCAAGAGACAGAGAUGAGGGCUGGCCUGAAGAGCCUUGCAUUUGGUGGAAAGAGUGAGGGCAACCCUGGCAAGAAUCUCACUGUGCCCCUGAAAUACCUGCCUAUGGGGGAGGAGGUGGCAGUCGCCGUUCCUGCCCCAGAUGCCACAGCAUUGAGGUUGAAGCUCAGGGCCAAUUCUUGCUCUGAGGAGCUGGCUGUUCGCCUGGGCUUUGGGCUGUGUGAUGAGGAGCAAGCUUUCCUGAAGAAGAGGAAGCAGGUGGUGGCCAAGGCCCUGAAACGGGUUUUGCAGCUGGAGCAUGAGCUGCAGGAAGAUGAGGUUCCAGUUAUUGGGGUCAUGGCCAUCGGUGGAGGGGCUCGGGCGAUGACGUCUCUGUAUGGCCAUCUCUCUGCCCUCAAGAAAUUGGACCUCCUGGACUGUGUAACCUACAUAAGUGGUACUUCAGGAUCUACCUGGACUUUGGCUAGCUUGUAUGAGAAUCCUGACUGGUCACAGCAAGACCUGGAGAAGCCCAUCAGCCAUGCGCGAGAGCACAUGACCAAGAGCAAGCUGGGUGCCUUCUCUCUGGGGCACAUGAGAGGGUACCAGCAGGAGCUGAGACGGCGGGCUGAGGAGGGGCGACCCCUUUCCUUUGUCGACCUGUGGGCCCUCGUCCUGGAGUUCCUGUUACAUGGCAAGGUAACCGAGCACAAGUUGUCAGAGCAGAGGGCCUCACUGGAGCAGGGCCAGAAUCCACUUCCACUAUACCUUGGCCUAAAUGUCAAAGAGAACAACCUGGGGACCCUGGACUUCAAAGAGUGGGUGGAAUUCUCCCCCUAUGAGAUUGGUUUCCUGAAGUAUGGAGCCUUCAUCCCCUCUGAGCUCUUUGGUUCUGAGUUCUUCAUGGGACGAUUGAUGAAGAAGCUCCCAGAGUCCAGGAUCUGCUUCCUAGAAGGCCUAUGGAGUAACAUCUUCUCUGUGAAUUUGAUGGAUGCUUGGUAUGACCUCACCAGCUCAGAAGAGACUUGGAAGCAGCAUAUCCGGGACAAGACCAGAAACAUUGAAAAGGAACCCCCUGGCUCCCGGAGGACCUCCUGGAUCGAGAUGUCAUGGCUACAGCCCAAGAUUGCUCUCACCCAGGCUCUUCGGGGCCUCUUGACUGGGCGGCCUCUUCAUCACCAAUGUCAUAAUUUCCUGAGAGGCCUUCAUCUGCACCAGGACUACUGUGACCAGAGAAAUUUCUGCACCUGGGGUGACUGCCAGCAAGAUUCUGACCCCAGCCAGCUGACCCCUCUGCAACCCCAGAUCUGCCUGGUAGAUGCUGCCUACUUCAUCAACACAAGUUGUCCACUCUUGCUGCGGGCAGGCCGGAGCCCAGACCUCAUCCUCUCUUUUGGCUAUUCCCUCAACUCUCCCUUUGAGGCGCUGGAGCAGAUACAGACAUACUGCCGAGGGCAGGGCAUCCCUUUUCCCAGAGUGGAGCUGAGCCAGGAGGAGCGCCUGCAUCCUAGGGAGUGCCAUGUCUUCUCUGACCCUGACUGCCCUGAAGCCCCCCCUGUGCUGCAUUUCCCCUUGGUCAACCUUUCCUUCAGAGAACACUCAGCCCCUGGGGUCAAGCGCAGCCCAGAAGAGCUUGCAGGAGGUCAAGUCGACCUCACAGGCUUCCUGUCUCCGUAUUCCCUCACCAACAUGACGUACAAUGGGGAUGAUUUUGACCGACUGCUUCACCUCAGUGCCUACAAUGUUCAGAACAACCAGGAUGAGAUCCUAAGGGCUCUGAGGGCUGCACUGAAGCAUCGCAUACAGCGUCAAUCCUGA